AUAAUGUUGAGCAUAUUCCCUCACCCUAGGAGUACUUCCCAUUGGCCUGGAAUGUACCCUUAAAACAUGCUCAUUCGUGACGGGUCCAUAAGCAUGCUCCUUCACCGAGCAAUGCUCCACUUUGUCGCUUCGUUUUCGCUUCGUUUGCUACCAACGUCAAAGUCUGGUCUGAUACAUAUGUAACAUGCGCCGGAAGCUGACAAAUAAGAGUGUUUUAAGUAUAAUAUUUUGGAGUUUGCAAGUUGCUCGAAAUUAUUGCUGGCACUUGUUCUUCCUAGACAGCCUGUCUCUGUCUGUCCUCUUGUUUUUAACUUUGUAAUUAUCAGUGAGGUUUUGUAGCUAAUCUGUUGAGAAAAUAAUCAUUUCUGGUUGCCGCCAUUGUUGUAAUUUGACUGUGGAGAGGAAGACCAAAAAUGGCUUCUUAUGCUGCUCUUGCUUCGGCCAUGGAGUUGCUGGAGGAUAUCUUACAUCGAAAUCACUACCCGGCUAUUCUUCACAGGAGGCGCCAAAUCCUGAAAUCCCUCCACCAGAAAUUCACAGACUUGCGAAAAUCGUUGAAAGAUUAUUCAUCCAAAGGCGACGAAGCAGCAGAUCUCGUGGAAAGACGAAUCCGAGACACAGCAUAUCAAGUGCAGGAUGUGAUCGAAUCUGAAAUUGCAAACCCUAAAGAUUCCGAAGAGGGAAAUCACGUGUUCAAGAAGAUAAUUCAAAAUCUGGUCCUUGCUUGCGAAGCCGAAGACGACGACGACUUGCAGAAGGUGGGGCGAGAAGUAGAUUCCAUAGUGCAGGAACUGAAGGCGAUUAAGGAGAGCCAGGAGCUUGAAAAUCUGCGGCUAGGUUCAGUGGCUGCUGAAGUCAACGCACCAGGUCAAACGCCUCGAGCUGAUGCGGACGCCAUGGUUGGAUUUGAUGAAUACCUGGAAGCCAUUAAAGAGAAGAUAUGUGGAAAUUCGGCAAAGCUGCAAGUCAUCCCCAUUGUUGGGAUGGGCGGAAUUGGUAAGACCACUUUAGCAAGAAACGCCUUCGAUAAUGCUUCUAUCUUGGAGAGAUUUGAUUUUCGUGGUUGGGUUACUAUUUCUCAAGAUUAUGACGUGAUUAGAGUUCUUCAGAACAUCAUAAUCUCCUUGCGUAUCAUGACAAUGGAGGAAUUGGGUAGAUUGGUAAAGAAAGCAUUGGAUGAGUAUGAAAAAUCGAAAAAGGAGCUUGAAAAGGAGAAGAUAAAAUCAGGGAAAGCUAAGGAAGGACGUAAAAAAACACAACAGGAAUUGAGAGAAGAAAUGGAGGAGCGUCGAAGACUGGAGGAAAGAACAUCGAAAACUUGUAUAUAUCAACACUUGAAAGGUCGAAGGUACCUCGUUGUGAUCGAUGAUGUUUGGAAGAAGAAAGUUUGGGAUGAUCUGAAGCAAGCAUUCCCUGAUGAUGGCAAUAAGAGUCGGAUCUUGUUAACGACUCGGCUAACAUAUGUUGCCCAAUAUGCUGUUGGCACGUCCAAGUUUCUUUAUGAGAUGGAAUUCCUUAAGGCGGAUGCUAGUUGGGAUCUCCUUAAAAAUAAGGUGUUCGGACAAGGACGAUGUCCAAAUGAAUUGGAGGAUACUGGAAGGUCGAUUGCAGGCAAAUGUAAAGGGCUUCCACUCGCAAUUGUCGUGAUUGCAGGUAUUCUUUCGAGCGACACAACUCUAGGAUACUGGAAAAUGAUCGAAAGGAAUGUGAGCUCUGUUUUGCGCAGCGAUGACGAUCAAUUGUCAAACAUAUUGUCGUUGAGCUAUAAUCACUUGCCUUCUCGAUUAAAGGCGUGCUUUCUACUCAUGGGAAGUUUUCCUGAAGAUUAUGAAAUCAGUAUCCCGAAGCUCAUCAGGUUGUGGAUAGCUGAGGGGUUCUUGAACUCGGACAGCGAUUCUGGAAACUUAGAGGAACGAGGGAUGGAAUACUUCAAGGAACUUGUCGAAAGAAGUCUUGUAAUUGUUAAUAAGAAGAAGGCGAAUGGCGAAUUCAAGUUUUGUGUCAUACACGAUCUCUUGAGAGACUUCUGUACGACACAAGGAGCCAAUGAUCAUUUCUUUAAUGGCAAAGAUUGGAACGAGAGUGAGAAAGUACGGCGCAUUAUUCUUUACUCAGCAGCGCCGCGGAUGCCUUGGGCACUCAAAGACACCAAAUACGUCAACUCUAUUUGUUUAUUUAGCCGGACAGCCUCGUCUGAUCUUCUAAGAUUGAAGUGGCAUAGUGUUCCGUUAUUGAAAAUAGUUGAUGUCGCAGAUAUAAAAACUUUGGUUGCUCCAACUGCAUUUUCAAGAAUGUUUCGUCUCAAGUACCUCGCUCUACAGCUAGGCAUCGAGAAGAAGAAGCAUCUUCCUUCAUCAAUAUCCAAGUUUCUGAAUCUUCAAACUUUGAUUAUUCAUGCUCCUGUUUGUGAGUCCAUCUCAUUGCCAUCGGAAAUUUGGAAGAUGCCGCAGCUAAGGCAUCUUAUAAUCGACAGAAUGAACCUGCCGGCUGUUCCUGAGGUCGACGAUAUUCCUCUCCAGAAACUUGAAUGCCUGCAGACGUUGGAAACGGCUGAGAAUUUCGUAUUCACCAAUGAGGCAAUUUCGAUGAUCCCCAACAUCAGAAAAUUGAAAUUAAUUUGCCGGGGAGGGGAAGCCGGCGACAUCUGGAAUCAGUAUUGCCUCAAUAAUCUCGUCGAUCUUCUCCGACUUGAGAAGCUGAAUAUUGUCUUCCAUGCGGAGCAGUUUUCAUAUGUCGAUUCCUUUCAAAGCAGCUUUGCAUUUCCCCGGAAACUUGAGAAGUUGUCUCUACAGGGCUGUCGACUACCAUGGGAGAAUCUUACCGUUGUGGGUUCCCUUCCAUUUCUGCAAGUUCUCAGGCUAAGAAAUGGCGCAAUGAGUGGCAAUGUGUGGGCGCCCGAAGAAAACCAAUUUGUUAAGCUAAACUUCCUGGUCAUGGAGAGCUUAGAUCUCAAGGAAUGGAUUGCAGAACAUGAACACUUCCCAAACCUCCAACACCUCCAUAUCAACAAGUGCACAGAACUAGAGAGGAUCCCGGCCGGAAUUGGGGAAACGCUUAAGUUCAUCAGCGUGCAAUUCAGCAAGCGUGCCGGAGAAUCGGCUAAUGAAAUUCGUAAGGAGCAAAACGAUGAGUAUGCAAACUUUGAUCUUCAAGUGCAUGUUCUUGAUUGAUUGAUUGGUUAUUUGUUUUCCUGUAUAUGUUUAUGUUUCCUUAUUAUGUAUAGUUUUCGACUUUAGAAUGAUGUCUGGAUGUUUUUGUCAUUGAAUACUGAUGUUGUUACAACAGGUUGUAAUGGCUUUGAACCAUUUCAAGGAAUGAUUAUGAGUUUGUUUA